GCAGCCCGCGGCGGCAAUAAUAAUAAUGGCGGGUGACGAACCCACUGCUUCUGACACCGCGGUCGCGGCCGCGGCUUCCCCGCGGCCGCUAGCGGCGGGGCCCUCGCCGCGCACGCGCAGCCGCAGCGGCGCCCUGCAACUGCAACUGCAGGCGCAGCGGCGUGGGGAACUCGGAUCUCGGGCGGGGGGCAGUAGCAGCAGGGGCAACAGCCGGGGCAAGGCACGCGGCAGCGGCAGUAGCGGCCGCCCCGCCGCCUCCAUGGCAGCUCUGGUGGGUCGGCGGUUGGCGGUGCCGCUGGCCCAGCUGUACGGCGGAGGUACGGACGUGCACGGCGACACGGUCAGCCCGGGGGUGGUCAAGGCAGUGGACAAGGCGCACCCGGGCUGUGUGGUGGUGGCGGUGUCGGGCGACCCGCGGCGACUGUUCCAGCCCGCCAGCCUGGUGCGGACCUGGCUGCUGGCUCCGGCAAAGGCGGCAGAGGAGGCGGAGGCGGAGGAGGCGGCGGAGGACGCGGAGGAGCAGGAGCAGGAGCAGGAGGAGGAGGAGGAGGAGACGGAGGGGGAGGAGGGGGAGGAGACGGAUGAGGAGGCAGGUGGAGUUGGGGGCGAGGCAGCGGGCAUUGCGGGUGGGGGUGGAGAGGAGGACGAGGAGGAGGAGGAGGAGGAGGCGGGCAGCGGUGGAGAGGAGGAGGCAGCGGAGGCAGCGGGGCCGGGUGAUGCGGCAGCACCAGCACCAACAGGCGGCGCGGCUGCUGCUGGUGAUGGCGGCCGUGCCACACCCACUGCCGGCAUGAUGCGCAACAAGCGCAAGGCCACAGCGGAGGAGCCGCCGCCGCCGCCGCCGCCUGCAACCGCUGCCGGUGCUGCCGGUGUUGCUGGUGCUAGUCGGGCGACCGGCAGCGGUGGCGGCAAGCGGCAGCGGUUGUCGGCGGGGGAGGAGGCGGGGGAGGAGGUGGGGGAGGCGGCGGAAGAGGCCCAAGGACAGGUCCUUAUGCUGACCAGGCGCAGGGACACGGGGAUUGCCGCGGCGCCUGAGCGACAGCCAGUGGCGGCGGAGGCGGCGGCAUUGCGGGGAAGAGGCUGCGGCGGCAGAGGCGGUGCCACUGCCGCUGCCGCUGAUGCGAACUCAGCAGGUGCGGACGAUGUAGACACUAACGGCGGCGGCGACAGCUCCAGUCGUGGCGGCGGUGGCAGCGUCGCGGCGGCUGGCGAGAAGCAGCAGGCGCCAGCGGCAGCACCGGGCAUGGCGGCGGCGGCCGCGGCGGCGGCGGCGGCUGGGGCACCGCCUCGCACCAAGCGCCGGUCGCGGGCAGUGUUUGGUUCGCCGCGGCGUCGGGGGCUGACGCGGCUGUCUGACGUGGCGGACCUGGUGGGGCAGGACGUGGACGUGCCGGCCAGUGCGCGGCGGGUGCGGGGCCGGGGCGGCCAGACGCGGUCGCCCCUUCGCGGCAGUGCCAGGGGCCGGGUGACGGGCCCUGACGAUGCGCACCGCAACUGUGUGGUGGUUAAGAUGGCGGCGGACGGAACCCGGUGGUGGUUCUCAGCGGACGAGGUGCGCGGCUGGAUCAUGGCGGCGGCGGCUGGUGGCGGCGGCGGCGGUGGCGGCGGCGGCGGCGGUGGCGGUGGCGGCGGCGGCUUCGUUGGUGCUGGUACAGGUGCAGCUGGGCCGCAGGAGGAGGAGCAGCAUCAGCGCUACUGGGCAGAGGAGGAGCAGCAGGAGGAGCAGGAGGAAGACGGCGGCGAUGGUGGUGAUGGUGGGCGCCAGCGGCAGCAGACCAGGCAGCGCCGGCGGCGGCGCCAGGAGCAGGAGCAGGAGCAGGAGCAGCAGCAGGAGCAGCGCCUUCGGCCGCAGCAGAGGCGGCGGCGGAGCAAGACACUGGCGGCGGCGGCAGCAGGGCACGAAGAUGGCGAUGACGACAACGACGCAGACCUGAUGGCGGCGGAGGUGCUGACGUCACUGUCUUACUCAGCGGAUGGCGGCGGCGGCGGCGGUGGCGGCGGCGGCGGCGCCACCGCAGAAGCAGCUGCAGCGACCGAGGCGGCUACUGCCGCUGAGGUCGCGGCGGUGCCGCCGCCGCGGACUUCGGCUUUCCGCAACCGUGCAGGGGCCGAUGGCGGCGCGGAUGGCGGCGCCGGCGGCGGCGCCGGUGGUGGUGGUGGUCGGGGUGGUGGUGGUGGUGUCAGGGCGCCGGGUCGACAGCAGCGGCGUACAGCAGGGGGUGGUGGUGGUGCGGAGGCGGCUGCUGGCCUGGCGGCUGCAGAGGCGGCAGGGGCGGCAGCAGGCGCCGUGGAGGAGGCGCAGAGUAAGGGGGAGGGGGAGGCGGCAGUAGCGGGGGGGCUUCUGGCGUUCUCGCCCGCUGCUGCUGGCGCCGCGAAAGCGGCGGCACCCCGUGCGCGCCGGGAGGCAUCUGCGGUAGCAGUUGCGGCGGGUGAGGGCGUGGCCCGCGCCGUCACCUUCCCCGCAGCGGCAGCAGCAGCGGCAGCACAGCUGACCGCUGCUACUGCCAAUGCUGUGGCAGUAGCAGCGACCGAUCCUGCCGUUGCUGCAGCUGCUACUGCCGGCGGCGGCGGAGGCGCCCUACAGCGCCUGGCGGCGGCGCACGCCUCCGUCAACAGCCACAUGGCGCUGCUACAGCUGGCGGCUGCUACAGCCGCCGCCGCAGCCGCUGCUACUGCCGGCGCCACGGCGCCGCCGGUACCAGCAGUUUCUCAGGAAGAGGAGCCACCUCAGCAGCCACAACAGCAGCAGCAGUCACAGCAGCACCACCAGCAGCAGCAGGCUGCAGUAGCAACUCGCCUGGGUGCGGCCAGUGGUGAGAUGCUGGCGGCGGCGGCGGCGGCGAUGCAGUCAGUGGCAACUGAGUUUGCCUCCAUCGCGGCGACUGUUGCCCAGUACACCGACACUGGGGCGCAGCAGCAGCUGCAGCUGCAGCUACAGCUGCUUCAGCUACAGCCGACGAUGCCAGCACUUCAGUUGCCGCUGCCGCUACAGCUGCCGCUUCCGAUGCUGUCGCCCUUCCCGGCGGCGGCGCUGCCUACUACUGUUGUCACCACGACAAAUGCGGCAGCGGCAGCGGCAGCGCCAGCGGCAGCGGCAGUAGCGCCCACAGCCUCAGCUGCUGCUACAACCGCCGCUGAAGUCCUCGAGCGGUCUGCUACUGCCACAGCCGCCCAGCAAUUGCUGCGUAUGGCCUCGCAGGCGGCUGUAGCAGGCAAUGCGGUGCCGGCGGCUGUAGCAAGCAAUGGCGGCGGUGACGGCGGCACAUCCAGCACAGCAGCACCGAUGCCAGAUUCAGCCGCCGCCGCCGCCGCCGCCGCCGCUGACGCCGCCGCCGCACCCCCGCCUGCUGUGAGGCAGGCGCCGACGUCUCAAGAGCAUCUACAGCGUGGCACCAGAACCAGUGCAGCGGGCGCAAACACCCAGGGACAGGACAAGCCGCCGCCGGCCGCCAUGCCGCCGCCGCCGCCGCCACCGCCGCCGUCGCCGCCGGCCCGGCGGCAGAUACCGGCUGCACCGCCAGACCGUGGGGCGGCGGCGGGGGCGGCAGAGGUGGCGGCGGCGGCGGGGGCGGGGGCGGCGGCGGCGGCGGCAGCGGCGGCAGAGACUCUGACGGCGCUGCGGCGCAGCGUGACGCCGCCGCUGGCUGCUGCCGCGUCAACGUCGCCCAGCAGGCGUGGCGCCGGUGCAGGCACAGGUGCUGGUGCAGGCACAAGUGGAGGUGCAGGCACAAGUGGAGGAGGAGGUGCAGGCACAAGUGAAGCAGGGGGUGCCGGCGCAGGUGCAGGUGCAGGUGCAGGCACAAGUGGAGGAGGCGCAGGUGGGGGCGGUGGCGGUGCCGCCGGCCCUUCCCCGGCUGUGCCACCCGCCGCAAUGCCAACGGAACCGAAGCAACAGCAACAGCAGGAGCACCAACAGCAGGAGCACCAACAGCAGGAGCAAGGAACCGAAACUGGCGGCCGCGCGGUAUCACAGCACACAACAACAGCAGCAGCUGCAGCAUCCGCCCCUGGCAGCAGCAGUGGUGUGCGACUGCUGGCAAGCAUUGCUGAGCUGUCGUGCCCUGCCGCUGCUGUGUCCAACACGGACCCGGCGGACCCCAUCAUUGCGGCAGUGGCGGCAGCGGCACAGAGCGCGCAGCACCUACGACCCACCGUCAAUGCGGGCGGCGGCGGUGUUGAGGUCGCUGGCGGCGGCGGCAGUAGCAGUCGCGGCGACGGGGCUGCUACUGCCGACGGCGGCCGUCUGGGGGACCGCGAAGAUGCUGACAACGGCCCGCCUUGCUUGAGCCCGGAGGCGGCGGCGGCACCGCUGCUACGGCUGAUGGAAGCAAAGGCGGCGGUGGGGGCGGCGGCGGAGGCGGCGGGGGUGGCGGUGGCAGAAGGGGCCACCGCGGCCGCGGUGGCAGCAGCAGCGGCUGCAGGGGAGCCGGUGCCGCCGCCGCUGGCGACGGCAGUGGCCGAGCUGGCGGCAGCGGAGGCGGUGGUCCGAGGGGAGCGCGACAUGCCCGACCUCACCAGCCCCAACGCAGCCGCAGCAGCCGCCGCCAUUGAUGGAGGCCCCGGCGAAGGCAACGAGGGGCAGCCGUCAACCAGUGACUUCCACCGCACCCAUUCACCGCCACAGCCGCUGCCGCAGCAGCAGCUGCUACAGCCGCCGCAGGGUUCACAGCUACAGCCGCACCACCAUCAUAACAACAACAACGACGACGCCGCAAAUCGCGCCGCAGCCAGCUUGCUGCUACAGCCGCCGCCCAGCCCCCGCAGUAGCGCAAGUGAGGUGGCGGCGGCGGCGGCGGAGCUGAGGGAAGCUGCCACCCUGGCGGCGGCGGCGGCGGCGCCGUUUGGAUCCGCCGCCGGUACGCUUGGCCUUCCCGGCGCCAUCGCCGGCACUGCAAGCAUUGCGGGCGGCGACGGCGGCGCCGCCGCUGAUGCUGCUGGCAGUUGCGGUGGACCGACUUCUGUUGCCGCGGAUGGCAGCGGCGGAAGUGCUGGAAGUGCUGGUGCUGGUGCUGCUGCUGUGCCGCCGGGAUUCGUGGGACCUGCGGCGGCGUAUGACCCUCUCUUGGAUAAUGAUGCUCCCGGCGACGACGGCGGCAACGGUGACGGCGGUGGUGGCGGUGGUGGCGGCGGCGGCGGGGCGGCGCGGCGGCGGGGUCGGCAGCUUGUGGCGCUCAGUCGCACACUGCACGAACACCAGCCCGCGCCAGUGGAGGUGGGGCCGGAGGCGGAGGCGGAGGCGGAGGCGGAGGCGGAGGCGGAGGCGGAGGCGGAGGCGGAGGCGGAGGCGGAGGCGGAGGUGGACACAGGCGACGGCGGUAGCGGCGAUGGCAGUGCCAGCGAAGGCAGCGAUGGAAGCGCAGCGGACAUGGGUUCGGGACCGGCUGGGGUUCAGGAGCCAAAUCAGGGGCGUGAAGAGGCGCACGCAGUCGCGCCACUGCCGUGGCAGCAGGAGCGAGGCGGUGUGGAGAUGGGCAUGAUGGACAACGGGGAGAGCUACCCGGGGGAGGUGGCGGACCUGGCGGUCACGUGUGAGCGGCUGGCGGCGGCGGGUCUGUCGGAGCUGGUGGCGGGCGGCGGCGGCGGCACGGGUGGCGGCGGCGGCGGCGGCACGGGUGGCGGCGGCGGCAGCACGGGUGGCGGCGGCGGCGGCAGCAGCUGGGGAGAUGCGUGGGACAUGAGUGGCAGAGAGAGCGGCGGUAGUGGCGGCGACUAUGGAGGCGGUCGCGGCUGAGGCGAGGGCACAAAUGCUUGCGUGGACGAAACGGCCGAUGCACGCAGACACGCACCCUGUGGCUCACUCCUGUUGAAGCAAGGGCGGAUGGCUGUGACCGGCUGCUCUGUUGCAGCAGUUGUUGCAACGGCUCGCUUUGUUGCUAUGCGGUUAGUGGUUACGAAUACGGUAUAUAUAUCAGGCACGCCAAGCCAUUCAGCCGUUGGAACAGCCAGGGACAACCCGUUGUGUGCGGGUUAGCCUUCAUGGGCUGCCCAGAGGUGGUCGCGGUUGUGGACGGGUCGUGGUGGGAACAGGACUAGGGAACAAGACUAGGGACACUGUGUUGCAAGUGCUUUGCCAUCCACGCACCACCACCGGCCCAGACCUGUGACGGACGAGUAACCCGG